GUUUACCACUAAUGAGUAAGUUGGUAUGGACUAUGCAGGCGACCCGACGUAACGGCGGGUGGGGGCAUUCGUCACCUAGCCGCCGAGCGGAGCGGUCGCAUUGCACCUAGACCAUCCCGAUAUUAUUAUACAACGAACGCGUGUGUUAGUGCCGUAAUAGUGAACCCUACAAACUGGCGACGAAGGAUAAUCAGAUAAACAAUGGCCCAGCUACCCACACUGGAGCCGUUCGAUUGCGAAGGUGAUCCCGCGUCGGUUGGCCAACGAUGGGAAAAAUGGAAAAGAGCGUUUGAACUAUUUUCAACUGCAUCCAAUGUUGAUAACGCGGAGAAGAAAAGAGCAACACUCUUACAUAGCGGGGGUUUGACCCUACAAGAGGUUUAUUUUAACCUACCUGGUGCUCAUGUGGAAUGCUCUGACGAAAAUUCGUCCAUAGAUGUAUUUAAAGUAGCCAUACAGAAGUUAGACGAAUAUUUCUCUCCUAAACAGAGUAAUGUUUAUGAACGUCAUUUGUUUCGACUAUUAAAACAAGAGCAAGGAGAGAAAUUCGAAAAAUUUCUGAUAAGGCUACGACACCAAAGUAAAAAAUGUAACUUCGCUAAGGAAGAAGACAAUUUGAUUGACCAAAUCACGGAAAAAUGUAGUUCCACAGAGCUGAGAAAAAAAAUCUUGACUAUAGGUGACGCAGCUACUUUAGAUAAAAUUAUAACAGAGGCAAAUGCUAUUGAAGCUGUGGACAGACAAUUAAACAAUUUUAAUCCGCGAGAUAAUUCUGAUCAAUUCGUUAAUAAAAUUGGAACAAAUAAUAAUAAAGGUUCACAAUGCACAAGGUGCGGUAGCAACAGACACAACAGCGACAGUAGCACUUGCCCGGCUAGAAGUAAACAAUGUAAUAAAUGCAAAUAUAUAGGACAUUUUCAAAGUCAAUGUAGAACUAGAGCUGAUAAAAGAAAACUAGAUUUUGAUAGAAACAAGAAUGUUAAGAAACCCAAAUAUUAUAAAAAACCUGAAAAUGGAACACAAAAAGAGAAAAUCGAUUAUAUAUUCCAUAUUGAUGAUGAUGAUGUUGUAAACUGUGAGCUAGGUGGAGUCAUGAUUGAUAUGAUUAUAGAUUCUGGCAGUAAAUGCAAUAUAAUAAGUAGUAAAACAUGGACACAAUUAAAAGAUUGUAAUGUAAAAAUAAAAAAUCAGGUAAAAAAUCCUAAUAAAACAUUUAUGGCAUAUGGGUCACAAACACCAUUGACAGUUCUAGGCUCUUUUGAGGCUUGUAUCAAAGUAGGAGUUAACUCGAAACAAGCAGUGUUUUACGUUAUCAAAGAUGGUGAACGAGACUUGUUAGGCAAAGAAACCGCAGUUUUACUAGGGAUAUUAAAAAUAGGACUCGGCAUUAAUUCUGUUAACGAUAAAAAGGAUGAAUUUCCAAAAUUUAGGGAUGUGACUUUAGAAAUAGCAAUUGACGAUUCCGUAAAGCCAAUAAGUCAACCAUAUCGUAGAGUACCCAUUCCUCUAGAAGAAAAAAUAAAUAACAAAAUCAAUGAACUAGUAGCUCUUGGCAUAGUUGAACCGGUUAAUGAACCAUCAGCUUGGGUUUCUCCUUUAGUGCCAGUGAUCAAGGGCGAUGGAGAUAUAAGAGUUUGCGUAGAUAUGCGCUGCGCUAAUAAGGCCAUAAUUAGGGAGAAUCAUCCCCUUCCCACUAUAGACCAAUUAAUAUCUAAUUUCCGGAAGUCAACCAUAUUUUCAAAAUUAGAUAUUUUGAGUGCAUUUCAUCAAAUUGAAAUCAGCGAAUCUAGUAGACAUAUUACUACAUUUAUUGCAAGCAAAGGCUUAUAUAGAUAUAAACGCCUAAUGUUCGGCAUAUCGUGCGCACCCGAACAUUUCCAAAAGAUUCUCGAACGGAUUUUAUUACCAUGUGAUGGCGUUGUCAAUUUUAUCGACGACAUAGUGGUCUUUGGUGGCAAUGAGUCUGAUCACAAUGGUAGAUUAAAACAGAAAGUAGUUGAAUACUCCCGGCCGGUUGCUCUCCCACUCAGCGACAUUGAGUUAGCUUCAUCAGAAGACGACGACUUUAAGUUGGUUAAAGAGGGACUAUUGAGCGGAAACUGGGAUGCUAAAGUCAAUGGGUAUAAAGUCUUCGAAAAUGAGCUCAGCAUGCACGAACACUUGUUACUGAGGGGUAGCAAAAUUGUAAUUCCAACUAAGCUCAGACACCGAGUUUUAGAGGCAGCUCAUGAGGGCCACCCCGGCAUUGUGGCCAUGAAAUCUAGGUUGCGCACUAAGAUAGAUUCAGAUGUUAGAGACAAAGAUAGGGAAAUGAAAACUAUUGGAAAAGAGGUUCAGGACAGGAAAAGAAAAGCUAAAGAAAAUGAGCUUGAACUUGGCCAAAAAGUGUACGUAAAAAAUUUAGUAAAAGAUAACAAAUUGACUCCCAAUUUUAAUCCUGUUCCCCACACUGUAGUGGGUACAAAAGGAUCCGAAAUAAAUGUUAGAAACGAUGAAACUGGGCAAGAAUUUCGCAGAAAUAUAAUUCAUUUAAAGAAAGUUGAGGGAGAAUGGAAGGUUUGUGACAAAGGUGAGGAAAAUAGUGACAUGAAUGGAGAAAUAGAAGAAGGUGAAGAUAAGAUGGAUUAA